AAGAAUAAAAAUUAAAGUAAGAAAAAAUAAUACAAAUAUUAAUAAAAAUAAAAAUAAUAUAGCAGUUAACGUCCCAACGGAACAACGAAAUUUACAAUAGAAAGUGAUAUAAUUAAAAAGGAGUUAGUUUCCAAAACUUAAAAAAAAAAAAAAAAUUUAUAAAUAAUAAACUAGAACGCGCCACAAACUCGAUCCAGUAUUAACAACACCCACCAAAAAUUACUAAAUUAAAAAUAAUUAACCACAAAGCCAGUAAAUUCUCAAAAUAAAAAAAAUUUAAAAAUUGAAAAAAAUUGAAAAACCGCCAAAAUGAUCUUCAAUAAAUACAUUGAAAAACUAUCAAACUCCUUUGGCCCCUCUGCCGCUGCCAAACAGCAGCAACAACAGCAGCAGAAGGAAAAUCAAACACAAAAACAACAUAACAGCGAUUACAACAACACACGCAAUAUUGAAUACGAAAAGGCCAUGGCGGCGACAUACAUCAAUAGUGGUCACUACCAUCAUUAUAGCAAUCAGAGUCAUCAUGUUGCCUCCAAAAAGAAGAAGCCGAAUAAAAGCCAACAGCAACAACAACAUGAGCAGAAACUACAACAAUCUCGCAGUUUCUUGAGUAACGAUGAAUUGGCCACAAUAAAUGACAACAAGAACAAUAGAGGUUUUGGUGGCAGUAAAAAUAGUAAAAACAACAACAUUUCGAAGAGUCUCUCAAAUAGCAUUGACUACUUGAAAGUGCCACAGGAAAACCCCACCUGCAUACGCAUUCACGCCAGAGAUAUACCCGCAUUGCGCAUAACCACAGAUUUGCAUUUGGAUUUGGAGACGGUUGCCAAUGGUGGUGAUACUUCAGCUUAUGCCACUCCUUCGGCUAUGCAUUUUUACGAAACUGAUGAUAUUUUUCGUACGCCUCUCUCAUCGUUGAAUCCCUCACCCGCCUCGUCGUAUACAAAUUCUCUGUCGACUGAAUCGUUGGCCGCCCCUGGCGCUUGUAGUCCGAGCUCGUCUAUGUCAGCCGCCUCGUCGCCCACUUCUUUGUCGACGUCGCCGCCGCGUUUUCAUAGUCGUCCGCCAUCGUUGCGCUUGUCCAAGGAGUUGGCGCAGAUAUACUGCAAAUUGUUGCAUUUUCCAUGGUUUCAUGGCAAUCUUUCGGGCAAAGAAGCUGAAAAAUUGAUAUUGGAUCGUGGAAAGAAUGGUUCAUUUCUGGUGCGUGAAUCUCAAAGUAAACCUGGUGAUUUUGUGCUUUCAGUGCGUACAGAUGAUAAAGUGACGCACGUCAUGAUCCGAUGGCAGGACAAAAAAUACGACGUUGGCGGAGGCGAACCUUUCGACACGCUGUCUGAACUCAUUGAGCACUACAAGCGUAACCCGAUGGUGGAGACCUGCGGCACAGUGGUGCAUUUGCGGCAGCCGUUCAAUGCGACACGCAUCACCGCGGGCGGCAUCAAUGAGAGAGUCAAUCAAUUGGCCAAGGGUGGCUUUUGGGAGGAGUUCGAAUCGCUGCAGCAAGACAAUCGCAAUAUGUUUUCUCGCACGGAAGGCUAUAAGCCAGAGAAUCGCAGCAAGAAUCGCUACCGCAAUAUACUGCCCUAUGAUCAUACCCGCGUUAAACUGUUGGAUGUGGAUAAAAGUGUGUCUGGUGCUGAAUAUAUAAAUGCGAAUUAUAUUCGCCUACCCACCGACGGCGACUUGAAUAGCAUGAGCUCAUCGUCGGAGAGUUUGAAUGCCACUGGCAUGGUGCCGUGCUGUCCCGCUUGUACCGCCGCUCAAAUCCAAAAGAACUGCAGCAAUUGCCAAAUGCUGAAUAAGACCUGUGUGCAGUGUGCUGUGAAGACUUCGGUGCUGCCGUUGAGCAAUUGUCUGACCUGCAGUAAGAAAGCGGAUACUUUGGGGAAGCAUAAGCGUAGCGAUUCAUCGGCUUCUACGGCCACGACUUAUAGCAUCGCCAGUAGUUCACGUUCAAACGCUUCAGGUGGCGCUGGUGGUGCUGGCGGGUUGUUGAAAAAGAGUAACACGGAGUUGGCAGAACGUGAAAUGUUUAAGGUUUAUAUUGCGACGCAGGGUUGCUUGCAGACCACGAUUGUGGAUUUCUGGAAUAUGAUCUGGCAGGAGAAUACGCGUGUUAUCGUGAUGACAACCAAAGAGAUUGAGAGAAAUCGUAGCAAGUGUGCCAAAUACUGGCCGGAUGAGGGUCAAUGUCGACAAUUCGGUUUUGCAAAAAUCCAAUGCCUUACAGAACAUAAGACAAGUGAUUAUACAUUGCGUGAAUUUCUAUUCUCUUGGCGUGAUAAGCCCGAGCGACGCAUCUAUCACUACCACUUUCAAGUGUGGCCCGAUCAUGGUGUGCCAAUGGAUCCGGGUUGUGUGCUGAAUUUCCUGCAAGAUGUCAACUCACGACAAAGUCAGUUGACUCAGGCUGGCGAGAAGCCCGGUCCCAUUUGUGUGCAUUGCUCAGCGGGUAUUGGGCGUACGGGCACCUUUAUUGUGAUUGAUAUGAUUCUCGAUCAAAUCGACAGAUAUGGCCUGGGCACCGAAAUCGAUAUACAGCGCACAAUACAAAUGUUACGCUCCCAACGUUCUGGUUUAGUACAAACUGAAGCACAAUACAAAUUUGUUUAUUAUGCUGUACAGCAUUACAUACAAACGCUGAUACAGCGUAAACGUGCCGAAGAGCAAAGCCUACAAGUCGGUCGUGAAUAUACGAAUAUUAAUCUCUCUCCGUCUCUCUCCAGAUACACGGGCGACAACAACAGCAGUAGCAGCAGUGACACACAAAGAUCUCCGCAACAAGCAACAAUUUCUUCUAGCAUAAGUUUAGUAAGUAAAAAUCAUACAACAGACGGCAUGAAUCAUUAUGCCAGUACAGGUGGUAGCGGUGGUAGCAGCUCUACAGCUGCAGCCGCUGGCGCAGCCAAGAUCACACCACUAACGACGGCGAAAAAGCCAAUCGUAUUACCGCCGUUGCCGGCCAGUGCUUUGGGUGGGCUGAAAAUUGGCGAAAGCAGUAAGCAACAGCAACAAAAACAUCACCACCAACAACAACAAAGCGCUAUGCAACCGCAGCAGCAGCAACAGCAAGCGCACGCAAAUGCAGCGUCAGCAGGCAGCAAUGCGGCUGCCGGCACUGCUGCUGCGGCAGCCAACGAAAACAUUCCCAAAGACAUGAGCAUGCGCCCGGGCAGCGGCCAGCAACAGCAUCUACAGCAAAAAAAGCAUCAGCUACAACAACACACGGCACACCAACCUCCACCGACACCGCCGCGCCCUAGCUAUACAUGACAGUUAAAAUUUUGAAACUUUCGAAGCGGCUAAAGAGAUCUCCACCAUUCUACUACACUUUCUGUCUCUACUAACUUCUUUGGCAUGAAACCAAACCAAAAAUGCAAUGAAAGAGUUUCAAUAUUUGGCCUCUGUGCGUUGGCAAGGCUAAUGAGGCGCAUGUUGGUGACAAAAAUUACGCAAACAAAACAUUCUUUCUUGCUUCCAUAAUUUUUCUACAAAUACAAAAAAGCGCUAAAAAGUGCUGAGUCGUUACACGUAGUUGAUACAUAUUAUGCUAUUAACCCUUUGAUGGCUUUAUUAUUGUACAUUAUUACAUCUCCAUAUUUCUUGUUCUGCCUGGUUUUCCCUUCUACAAAUAAUUUUUUAUGUUCUCCAAAAUGCCUUUUAUUAGCUUAAACCCUCUCAUUUAAUUCUGUACAAUAUGUUUAAAGCAGAAAAUAUUCAAUUUUAAUUUGUUGUGCUUUCAUUGCUGUUUACCACCCCGCCUAGUUUCCCAACCUCCAAAUAUCGUACUUUAAUUCGCUCGUUUUCGUUUUUUUUUUUUAAUUUUUCCCGAAAGAAAAAAACAAAAAAUAAUAAUCUCUGAUCAUGUUGUUGGUUAUUGUUGUUACUGCGUGUAUUUACUAAACGUAGUUUGUUGCUGCUGUGGCUGUUGCUGUUUUUAGUUUGUUGUAGUAGUUGUAGUUGUAUGUAUGUAAUAUAUAAUAUAUUAAUAUGUAUCGCUCUAUGGUAGUUAGUUAGCGCAGCCUUAAAAAAAGGAACGUAAAACGUAA